AUGGGCAUACGAUUAUUAGCAGAGCCUCCGAUUCCAGAGCGCCGCAAGGCCAUUAUCUGCGAAGAUGUUGGAAAGCUGACCAUACAAAAUGACCGCCCAAUGCCUGUACUGAAACCCGACACCGUAAUUGUGAAAGUACAUGCCGUCGGUCUCAAUCCUCACGACAUCAAGGGGCUAGAUUACAGCGCGGCGCCGGGAACUGUACAUGGGGGAGACUUUUGCGGCACCAUUGUCGCAUUAGGGGAGAAAGCAGCUGCGGAAGCGCGAUUUGUAGUGGGUGAUCGUGUCGCAGGGCUUGUUMAGGGAGAGAACAAGCUAGCGCCAGAGAAGGGCUCCUUUGCGGACUAUAUCGAGGCGACACCACACACCAUGGUGAAGGUCCCAGAAGAUAUGAGCGACGAAGACGCUUCUACCCUAGGUGUCGGAAUUGCAACUGCAACUUUUGGCCUCUAUAACGAGCUAAAAAUCCCAGGAGGUUUUGAGCGACUUCUCAGCGGCGGCGGCAAUCUCAACGAGGAAGAUCGCGAAUUCGUUCUGGUGGCCGGUGGCAGUACAGCUACAGGAACCCGUACUUUACAACUGCUUAAGAUUGCUGGAUUCCGCCCAAUCGCGACCAGCUCUCCCGCUAAUUUCGACCUAUGUCUUCGAUAUGGUGCAGAGAAGGUAUUUGAUUAUCGUAGCCCGACAUGCGCAGCCGAUAUUCGUGCGUACACAGGCAAUGAGUUAGAGUACGCCUUUGAUUGUAUUGCAGAAGCAGAAACUACACAGUUGUGCUACGGUGCCAUGGGCCGCGCUGGAGGUCGCUACGUUACCGUGGAACCCUUCCGUGAUACUGUGGUCAAGGUCCGAAGCUUGACUAUUCAGCCUUCUUGGUUCAUGGCGACGCAGAUCUUUGGGGAAGAUAUUGCUAUGGAUGGUGUGUAUGGUCGCAAAGCUAAUCUCGACGAUCGAGAGUUUGGUACUGAGGCGUUCCUGGUAUUCCAGUCUCUUUUAAAUCGCGGACUUGUUCAUGCGCAUCCUGUAAAGUCAAUGCCUGGGGGUUGGGAGGGUGUUAUGAAAGGUGUUACGAGCAUGCGCAGCUCGCCACCUUCUGGCUAUAAGUUGGCUUACAAGGUAUGA